GUUACACCACAACACCAAAACAAUGGAGCAAUUCAAAGACGCUCACUAUUUCCACAUACCUUCUCAAGGCAACGUGUACACAACGGCCGAAUUAAAAUUGGCCAACGACAAAUUGCUAAUGCUGGCCGCUUCGUUGAAACGGGAAAUUUUCUCGUUGGAGUAUUUGGAGGCCCCCGCUGGGCUAGUGCCCAGCACAAAAGAAAUCCCCUUCACUUACAUACCGAGUGGCGCUGAAAUAAUAUCCCUAGACGCAUUCAAUAAGUCAUUGUCAACUAACGAAGUGGUAAUAGGAAUUACCAUAAUCAAAAACAGCAACGAUUCUGACAGUUUGGAAACUUUCCUCAAUAUUUACUCGCAACUGGAAGAAAAUGACGAGUUUGACAUUGAAAAUGUCGCCCAAAAUUGUCUGACUGUAGAAUUGAAUUUUAUCCCUUAUAAAUUGAUGCACACUAAAUUCCAAGAGGAAACGGUUUUUCUAUUAUCAGGCAGUGACAAUUUGGUGCACGUGUACAGGGAAAACCCCCAAGAUCACGUGUUCAAGGAAAUCCAAGAUAGAGAGGUGCAUUUUCCGGAAUUCGAGAAAACCCCCAGUCCUGUGGUGUGGAUCGACAUUUUGCAUUACAAUAAUGAGCGAAUCACUGCGUUCAGUUGCGAAUGCGGCUACGUCAAAGUAACCAAAGUGGACACAAACACCAACAAACGCCUGUACAGUUUCGUAACAAGAUUCGCCAAUCACGUACCAAAAGUGCAACUUUACCUGGACAAAAACCACGUGAAUCUGGUUGUUGUGAACGCUACUUUACCUCCUGCACUGUUCCGCAACAUUUCAAAAUAUGGCCUCAGCGAUUACGUCACUUUGCACCGCUUGGACGAUGGUACCGUGUUCACCACCUGUUUAGUUGCUGAUGUCGAUUUUGAUGGUAACAAAGAAAUUAUUGUUGGUACCAGCUCUGGAGAGUUGUUUAUGUACAAAUACAAUGAGACAAAGUGGUACCUAGAAGAAGUUAAAUUCAUGGCUGCACCGGUUUUGUCCUUGAAUUACGGCGAUUUAUCGGGAGAUGGAGUCAAGGAACUAGUGGUAUCUUCCAUGAUCGGAAUACACGUUUUACAGCAUGACCCAGUUUUCAUCCAGAACAAGUUGAAACAACUAAUAUUACAGAAAUCUGUAAUAAGAAGGCCAGUGGCGGAGAAGGAGGAGGAGGGAUAACUACUCGUUUACUCAUUAAUAAAACCGUAAUAUAUAAUUAUUUCAAUUGUUGUAGUGUAUUUUUUUUUACUCGAAAAAGUCGCGCAAAUACAAAAUAAAACUUACACAUAUACAGGGUGUCUACAAAAAGUAAUAAUUAAAUUGUCGAAAUUAUAUUAUACAAAUUAAAGUCGCCACGUAAAAGCCAGAGCCGGCGGCCCUUAACGUUCCGUCUUAUGGUCAAAAACCUCGGGCGACCCAAAAAAAAAUUUAAACUUGAAAAUUUUAACCAGAGAUGGCGCAAUGUGUGUGUGUGUGUAGUACAAUUCAAUUAUUUACACUUUGUAAAUUGACUCGAAACACUGCCGCAAACACUUAGAAAACCAAAAGGCAUUGCACUAAAUAAAGAAAGUAGCCUCCGCUAAGUGUAAACCUAACCUUAAAUUAUUAAAAAUAAAAAUAAUACUAAAUUGUACCGAAAAAAGAAAAACUUAGGCCUGAUUUAUUCAGCUUUGGAUAAAGUUACUGUUACCUGACAGGUGAAUAAACCGGCCCCUUAAAAAAAAAAUAGCACAAUUAACCAAUUGUACUUAAGCUUAAUUAAAACUUUCAAAGUGAUUGCGAAGCAGUUUUCUGUUUUUUCGUCUUAAUUCAAAUAAAAAAAAGAGAAUUCAAUUUUGGUUCCAGUAGGAGGCGCCGUACCCCUGUUUGGAACCCGCUUUGGCCUGGCCGGCCGAACCUUGCGACCUCUGCGCGCCGCCGCUGGAAUCCUGCAAAACGAUUUUUUAAUAUUUCAAAUUGUCGCAAGCGUGGAGGAGGGAGGGGGCGUGUGACUUACCGCGCGCCGUCCCUGGUGCCUCACAUCCAUCUACAAAAAGCAAAAUAAAUAAAAACAAAAAAAAAAAGGAAACUGUAAACUGCCCCCUCACACACACUAGCGACAUCUAUGCGUGCGAUUAAUAAAUAAUGCAGAUUUCUUUUUUACCUGAUGCAAGGGCUGGUGCAUGGCCAUUGUUGAAUGGUGCUGAGGCAUUGUGGGUAUGUAAACUUGCUGGGCAUAGGCGGCGCCACCGGCGCUUUGGCUCAAAGUUCCAGUGAACGGAGGCGGGGUUCCGGAAUGGAAGCCCUGCUUCUCGUAUGACUGAAUUUUCCCAAGGCGGCGUGCGUCUUGCCGUACAUGGCGCUCAAAUCAGUGGCGCCCGAACCGGCACUGGUCGAAUUAUUUUUCUGCGCCGCCGCCGCUGCCGCCACCGCCGCCGCCGAUCCCACAGCGUAGGAGGCCUUGGAAUAGUCCUGCGCCGAUUGGCCUAAGGCGUCGUAGGCGCCGUAACCGGUCGCCGAACCGUAAGUAGCCGGUUUCGGUCCGUACUGGUUAUUGGCAUUGGUCACUGUCGGUAAUUGCUGCAAAAACCAAUUGACAUUUCUUGUGUGUCAUUUUGAUUGAUGACUUACCGUGUACAUUGUUCCAAAUUGGGCGUAAUUGGGCGGAGCCCCUAGGGUGUUGUAAGGCGCAGCCGCGAAAAAGUAGGGCGUAGCCGCACCGGGUGCAGGUGUCGCAGUCAAAAUAGGAGCUUGUUGUUGUUGCUGUUGUUGUGAGGCGGGCGGUACGGGUGAGGCGGCUCCGUCGCCCGCCCGUCCCGCCGUUUGAAACCGGGCGUCGGUGGCGCUGUAGCCGCCCAAAGCGGUGGCCGUCGGGUCGCCGCGCACCGUCGCCAGCGUCGUCGGUGUCUGGUAACCCAUGUCGUAGUAAGGCGUGG